GGGAGGGGGAGGUCUCGCAUAGUACCCCCUCGAUUUGGAAAAGAAAACACGCGCACAAAAAUACCAGAUAGAACAAAAAUAAAAAAAUAACAAUAAACGAAGGAAAAAAAGAAAACAAAGAACAGGAUUAAAGGCAAAGAGAGGCAGAGCAAGUCGCUCUGAUGGUUAAAUUUCGAAGGUGUUGUUAAAUUCUAGGGCAAAUUUCAUUUCGUUUUGAUUUCCAAAGAAAAAACCCCAGGAGAGAGAAAGCGUGCAAUUCGGUGGUUACUAAAAGCCGUGCCCUAGCUUCUCAAAUUUGUAAUUCAGAAUUCGACAGUUUUUUGAAUUGAUGGGAGGAGUGCAAGGCCUCUAGCUACUGAAGUGGUAAUGCAUGGAUGUGGUCCAGGGUCUGCUCCCCUAGUAAAUGCUGAAGUUGAUUCCAUGGGUGGGGUUGUUGAUGGCGGAGUUGGUAUUGGUAUAAAAACCUCUCCACGGCAAGCAGCAAUUGAGAAGGCUCAUGCAGAACUUAGACAAGAGUAUGAUGUUCGUGAGGAACGGAGAAGGGAGCUAGAAUUUCUUGAGAAAGGUGGCAAUCCUUUGGAUUUUAAAUUUGUGAAUGCAGCUUCUGUUAGUGUCCAGUCUACUUCACUCACGGAUCAUCACGUUGAACAGUUUGGUACUAGUGAAGCAAAAGGCAAUUUUCCACUGACAACAUCACUUCACGGGGAUUCUGUAGAAAGUAGUGGGAGACCAGGGGCUACUGCAGUUUGUGAGCCCAAUAGUGCUGACAAUUUUGAUGGUGAAAAUGAGUUACUUGAAGUUGAAAGAAAACCUACAAAUCCUAGUAGAAGGAAUAAAGUGACUCAAUCAGAGCAGUCUUCACAGAUGGAUGGGACUCAUAAUGCCAAGGAGUCUGAAGAUUCUGCUAUUUUUCGGCCAUAUGCUCGAAGGAAUAGGUCCAGACCAAACCGUGAUAGUGCUCGAUCAGGUUCAACUGAUAUUGUUCAGAGUUCAGGUGGUCAUGGAUCUUCCUUACCAGUUCGAGGAGGUGCAAGGGAUGUGAAGGGGUUGGUAACUGAAACAGACAAUCAUAAAGACCAGAAUAUCACUUUAGUCUCUAACCCAAAGUCUCCAGCUUCAAAUGGUAUGGUUUCCCAGAUUGAGGCUUCCAAUACCCAUUCAAACAUGGAACUUGAUUGUGUGCAGGCACUGAAAACAGUUGCUAACCUGCCUGAAUAUAGGCUGGAUGUUACAGAGUCCAAUGUCUUGAGGGAUAACCUGCAUGAUCAACCUUCAGAAGCUGAUACUGAGAAUGCUUCCAAGGAAUGUGAUCAUGAUGGAGGAAGGGAGCAGGUUAUUUCUGCUUGUCCUGAAGGUCUACCUUGUGCUGAAUCAACAAAGACUGAGAAUGAAACUGGUCCGGGUCUGCUUAAUGGUUUUAGUGACUUGAAAAAAGAUGGAGAUGAAGGUCAAAAUGGUAACACAGCAAUGGGAACUAAAGGAUUCGAUUCAGAGUCCUCGUGCACCCAAAAUAGCAUAAGCUUGGAUGUAAACAAUGAAAGUGAUUUGUGUGCCAAUUACAGAAAUGAUGAUACCAAUGAAAUACUUUUUAAAGAACUAUCAAAACAUGAAGGAACACAAAGUUUACUAUCAGGUAAUAUGGGAAAUGAAAAGAAAGAGACUAAGUCUAUUGAACGUGUUGCUGCCAUCAAUGAUGGUUCUGUGCAUCAAAACUACUCUAUUGAACAUGUUACUGCCAUCAAUGAUGGUUCUGUGCAUCAAAACUACUCUGGCAAUGAUUCUACUGUCAAAAGUGAGGAAGAGAUGAGAAGUUGUUCUCACCCUCAAAAUGAGGUGAGGUGUCAUAAUCUUGAAGGGGCGGAACAAAAUGACCAUGUAGCACCUGAGGCUGAUACAAAGGCGGGCAAGAUGUUGGCUGACGGUUCCAAUUCCAACAGAGAAAACAUUUACCCCAGUGGUCCCCAGGGCUAUAAUGAUCCAUCUAUUCAAGAGCUUCCCCACCUUAUUUUGUUAGAGAAAAAAUCUUCUGCGGCCCUUGACCCACAAUCUUGUUCUAAUACACAAUUGAAAUUGGUAGACAAGGCUCAUGAAGAUUCUGUUUUGGAAGAGGCACGGAUUAUCGAGGCUAAGCGGAAGAGGAUUGCUGAAUUAUCUGUUGGAACUGUGCCCUCAAAGAGUAACUGGAAAUCUCACUGGGAUUUUGUCCUUGAAGAAAUGGCAUGGUUGGCAAAUGAUUUUGCACAGGAGCGUUUCUGGAAGAUGACUGCUGCUGCUCAAAUAUGUCGCCGUGUUGCUUUUACUUCCAGAUUGAGAGUUGAGGAACGAAAUCAGCAUCUGAAGCUAAAAAAAGUUGCUUAUAGUCUGGCUAAGGCUGUCAUGCAGUUCUGGCACUCAAUGGAGGUGUAUCUAAGUAACAAUUGUCAAAGUUUUGGUUCAAAGAAUGGCAAGCAUGAGUCGAUAAUCUUUUAUGGGAAUGAAUUUGCUGUCAACAAGUUUGGAGAAAUUGAUAAGGUGGCAUGCAAAGAGUUAGAGAUACAAAAGCCUGUCAAAAAGAUUGCCCAUGCCAUUCAUGGAUAUGCUUUAAGAUUUUUGAAAUAUAACAGCUCUCCAGUUCCUUCCCUUCAAGAAGUACCAGCAACUCCUGAGAGAAUAGCUGAUUUAGGCAUGAUGGACAUUUCAUGGGAUGAUCACCUCACGGAAAAAAGCCUGUUCUAUGCAGUUCCCUCAGCUGCCAUGGCAAUGUACAGAUUGUCCAUUGAAUCUCAUAUCAUGCAAAGUGAGAAAACUCACAAUAACAUGCAGGAUGAGGUUGAUACAUCUAUGUAUGACACUCCAGCAGACUUUGGAUGUCAUGACAAUGCAUAUGAUGAGGAAGAAGAAACAAGUGCCUACUAUAUGCAUGGCGUCUUUGAAGGUAGCAAGCAAGGAAAACAUGACCAGAAGAAAUGGAAAAGCUUCACAAAGUCACCUUCUGCAAGAUCAUAUGAUCUGGCAACUGAUUCACCUUAUGGACACUGCACCACCGGGCCUCAACAAAAUGUAUUGAAGGGGAAAAGGCCUGCUAAUAAUCUUAACACUGGUUCAAUUCCAACAAAACGCAUGCGUACUGCUUCUAGGCAGAGGUUUACAAGUCCUUUUACUGCUGGAACCACUGGGGUUCUACCCCAGGCUCCAAUGAAGACAGAUGCGUCAAGUGGAGAUACUAAUUCUUUUCAGGAUGACCAGAGUACUUUGCAUGGCGGAUCACAAAUACAAAAAAGUGUGGAGGUCGAGUCAGCUGCAGAUUUUGAAAGGCAGUUACCAUAUGACUAUGCCGAGACGUCAGCAAAACUGAAGAAGAAGAAGAAAGCAAAACAUCUGGGUUCUGCUUAUGAGCAGGGCUGGCAGCUGGAUUCCACUGUUCAUAAUGAUCAGAGGGAUAAUUUCAGAAAGAGAUCAGAGAGUCAUCAUUUUGACUCUAAUGGAACUAGUGGUUUAUAUGAGCAACAUAGUGCAAAGAAGCCAAAGAUAAUGAAGCAAUUGCUAGAUAAUACUUUUGACAGCAUGGCGCAAAUGACUGGGUCCGUCCCAUCCCCAGCCCUUUCCCAGAUGAGUAAGAUGUCAAACACAAAUAGAUUCAUCAAAUUGAUUGGUGGCAGGGAAGGGGGAAGAAAAAAUAAAUCAAUGAAGAUGUCUGCUGGGCAGCCAGGUUUUGGAAGUCCUUGGUCACUUUUUGAAGACCAGGCUCUUGUUGUUCUUGUGCAUGACAUGGGUCCUAAUUGGGAUCUUAUAAGUGAUGCUAUCAACAGCACUGUUCAAUUCAAGUGUAUAUUUCGCAAGCCUAAAGAAUGCAAAGAACGCCACAAAAUCUUAAUGGAUAAGGGUGCUGGUGAUGGGGCUGAUAGUGCUGAGGAUUCUGGAUCUUCUCAAUCCUACCCGUCAACUUUACCUGGCAUUCCAAAGCAGGGCAGUGCCAGACAGUUGUUUCAACAUUUGCAAGGGCCAAUGCAAGAGGAUACCCUGAAGUCUCAUUUUGAGAAAAUUAUCAUGAUUGGGAAGAAGUAUCUUUACAAAAGGAGUCAGAAUGAAAACCAGGAUCCUAAGCAAAUAGCAGCAAUUCACAAUUCUCAUGGUAUUGCUCUUUCCCAAGUUUGCCCAAACUUAAAUGGAGGUGUCCUAAUGCCCCUUGAUCUCUGUGAUCCAAGUGCUUCAAAUCCAGAUGUUCUUCCCAUUGUGUAUCAAGGUUCACAUGCUAGCAAUUUGUUAAUGACAAAUCAAGGUGCUAUAGCAUCAAUGCUUCCUACUUCUGGUGCAAGCUCUUCUCUGCAAGGAUCUUCUGGUGUGGUUCUUGGCAGUAACUCAUCAUCACCAUCUGGUCCCCUUAAUGCACCUCUCAGAGAUGGUAGAUACAAUGUUCCAAGGACAUCCUUACCAGUUGACGAGCAGCAAAGAAUGCAACACUGCCAUCAAAUGUUAUCUAAUAGAAACUUGCAGCAGUCUAACUUGUCUGUUUCUGGGGCUCUUUCUGGAGCUGAUCGUGGUGUUCACAUGCUACCAGGUGGAAAUGGUAUGGGCAUAAUGCCAGGGAUGAACAGAAGCAUGCCACUCCCAAGGCCAGGAUUUCAAGGAAUAGCCUCACCAUCAAUGCUGAAUCCAGGCAAUUUGCUUUCUCCCAAUAUGGUUGGGAUGCCAAGCCCUGUAAAUAUGCACUCUGGAACUGGUUCUGGUCAAGGGAACUCGAUGAGACCUCGCGAGGCUAUGCAUUAUAUGAGGCUUGGCCAUAACCCUGAGCAUCAAAGACAAAUGAAGGUACCAGAGCUUCAGAUGCAGGCAACACAAGGGAACAACCAAGGAAUUCCUGCCUUCAAUGGGUUGAGUUCUGCUUUUGCUAAUCAGAUGGCCACUACGCCAGUGCAGACAUAUCCAGGCCAUCCCCAGCAUCAGCAUCAAAUAUCCACACAACAGUCCAAUAUGUUGAGCAAUCCUCAUCAUCCCAAUCUUCAUGGCUCCAACCAUACUACAGGUUCACAGCAGCAAACAAAUGCAAUGCACCAUGCUAAAGAAAGGCAAAUGCAGCAGCGGCUUCUCCAGCAGCAGCGGCUUGCUGCAUCUAGUGCUUUGGUGCCCCAUGCCCAACAUCAAUCCCAACUUCCCAUAACAUCAUCUAUGCAAAGCAGUUCUCAGAUUCCAUCACCAACUGCAUCGCAGCCAUUGUCACCACCCCCUAUAACUCCACCUUCCCCAAUGACUCCCAUUUCAAUGCAGCAGCAACAGCAGCAGAAACAUAACUUGCCACAUCAUGCUGUCAGCUGGAAUCCCCAAACUGGUUCCAGCGGGUUGACCAAUCAGAUGGGAAAGCAACGCCAAUGGCAGCCACAGCAAUUCCAACAAUCUGCUCGGCAUCACCCUCAACAACGACAACACUCACAGUCUCCACAGCAGGCUAAACUCUUAAAGGGGAUGGGAAGAGGGAACAUGGUGGUGCACCAGAACCUCUUGAUUGAUCAUUCUCCUUUGAAUGGCCUUUCUGUUCCUCCAGGAAACCAAGGUGCAGAGAAAGGAGAGCAAAUCAUGCACUUGAUGCAGGGUCCAGGCUUGUAUUCUGGGGCUGGGUUAAGUCCAAUUCAGUCGUCUAAACCACUGGUUUCUUCACAAUCCCUGAACCAUUCUCAGCCACAGCAAAAGUUAUAUUCUGGCUCAACAAACCUUUCGUCAAAACCACUUCAGCAAAUGCCUUCCCAUUUGGAUAAUAGUGUUCAAGGCCAGGUUCAACCAGUACUCUCUGGUCAAACACUAACAGCCACUCACCAAAACACUCCAGUUAUGGUCCCUAAUCAUCAGCAUCUGCAAGCACAUCUACAGCCACACCAGAAGCAGGUUAGUCAACCUCAACCAGCUGUUCAGAGAAUGCUUCAAAAGAAUUGGCAGGUGAAUUCUGAUCUGGCAACUAAGCCUCAAAAUGAUCAGAGUCAUACUGAUCAGCAAACUCCAAACAUCUCCCGGACAGGAACAAGAACAUCCACAAUGACGACCCAGGGCUGUAAUGAUACAGCUAAUGUGGCACCAGUUGUCUCUUCUGCCUCUGCGAUACAGUGGAAAUCAUCAGAAUCACCCUUGCAUGAUUCUGGCAUGGAAAAUUCAGCCUCUCAGGAAGGUCCUAUUGGUAGCCCAGCUCUUACAAGUGCAACUGGGAGUGAGCCAGCUGUCAGCCUAGGUUCAGUCCACAGGCAGUUAUCAGGAGGUUUGCCCAUGAAUGGCCAUAAUGGUGGAGCACAGUGGCCGCACAAACAACCACAAAAAUCAACAGCCUUACCACCCCCAUGCCAACAACUGUUGCAGCCACAAGAACAAAAGUCACAGCAAGAACAACAACACUCACCUCAACUGCUGCCACCACAGCAGCCGUCUCAGCUGUAGACACAGCAUCUUCAAUCAGUACAAGGCAGUUUACAUAUCAGGCCAAGGAAUUCUAGUCUGGAAUGGAGCAAUUUGGUGGAUUGUGCAGUUCAGGAAGCAGUCAGUACUUCUGGGGUCGGGUUUGCAUGCCCUUAUGACAGCUGUGUACAGAUGAAGCUGGUUACUUUGCAGCAGGGGCAUUGCAAGAUGAGAAGAGGUGGCUUGUCAUUUCCAGAUUCUGUUAGCAAAGAGAUCUCUUCGGGCCAUUUUUUUUUUGUUCUUUUUGAUUUAUUGGGUUAUUUGGGGCCCGUUUAAUAAAUCUUGUAAAUUACCACCGGUGUAGAGCUUUGGGAAGAUGGAGACAGAUAUAGAGGUGUGUACAGGGUCUCAUCUCCCCAUUUCUUGUACUUCUCCCCACCUUUUUGUCUGGUUUCCCCACUUCUGUGCAGAGGGGCCCGUUUAUUUUUGUUUGUGCCCCAGUAGGUUAGUGCAUGUAUCAUUUACACACUUUCAGAUUAAGUUUAGUUGCUCUCAUUGUUAUGGGCAAAGCCUUUGAGAAGUUUUGUGAAUACACGGUCCACGCAAUUAGAAUGGCAA